CGCGCUGGACGCCGCCUGAGCAGACGUGCGCUCGUGAGCACCUCGCAGAUCGGCUCGACAAUGGCCGGACGAGCGAGCGUGGCUGACGUGCCCAACGACAUCCACGACGAGUACGAGGUCGGCGAGACGCUCGGCACCGGCCACUUCUCCAAAGUCAAGCUGGGGAUCCACAAGAUCACCCGAGAGAGGGUCGCGAUCAAGGCCGCCGCACUCGUCAACACGCCGGUCCUGUACCUCGUGAUGGAGGAGCUCAAGGGCGGCGAGCUCUUCGACCGGAUCAUUGCCAAGAACCACUACACCGAGGCGGAGGCGCGCAAGCUGACCAUCACGAUGCUCAAGGCGAUCAAGUACCUGCACGAGCAGGGCGUGGCGCACCGCGACCUCAAGCCGGAGAACAUCCUGCUCAAGGACACGAGCGAGGACGCCGAGAUCAAGAUCACCGACUUCGGCCUCUCCAAGAUCUUCAGCAGCGACCUCGAGGGCGAAGUCACCAUGAAGACGGCCUGCGGCACGCCGGGAUACGUCGCGCCCGAGGUGCUGAUGCACGACGUCUACUCGUCGCAGGUCGACCUGUGGUCGGUGGGCGUGAUCGUAUACAUCCUGCUCUGCGGCUUCCCGCCCUUUUACGGAGACAACGACAACCAGAUGUUCCGCAAGAUCAAGGCGGGGCAGUACAAGUUCCUCUCUCCGUACUGGGACCCGAUCUCGGCCGACGCAAAGGAGUUUGUCUCCAAGCUGCUGACGGUGGACUGGCAGAAGCGGAUGGAUGCGCAGCAGGCGCUCGACCACCGCUGGCUCAAGGAUGGCAAGCAGGCCUCGACGCACAACCUCUUCGAAGGCAACGCGAUGGCGAUGAGCCGCAACACGCCGCCCAACCCUGACUCGCCCAAGGAGGGGGGUCUCUGGACUGCGCCGCCUCUCUCGCGUUGGCGUGGGACCGAGGGCUCCCAGCCAGAUAGGUAG